UCCGGAUCUCCGCGGAAACUCGCGUCGCGACGCACCCGGACCAUGGACGACGUUCUCGAGAGUUGGGAGCAGAUAGAGGAAUCCGGGGCACUCGACAAAAGACUGGAGGCUUUUCGGUUGAACACAGAGGAAGAGAUAGAAUCUUCUAGGGCCAGUAAUGAUGCAAACACGAGGAUGAUCAUAUUAGGAGAAGACGGCCUCAGAUCUCAAUACGUACCUCCAAAGCCCAUGGUAAAGAUAUUAAAGAGACCGACCGCGGACUCGCGGGGCAGUGGCGAUGGCCCACUGAACGACGACAAACCCAAGCAGCCUAUCAAAUCUUUGAAGCAGCGGGAGCAGGAAUAUGCGGAGGCACGCAGGAGGAUCCUGGGGGAAGAGAAGAGCCCGGAAGAGAAAACGGCGCAGGAGAUCAACAAGAUUCAGGCAAAGUCGAGUGCCCCGAACGGCAAUAAUUUGCCCAGCAACGUUCUUCGCAUGCCUGUCGGCCCGGACGGCACCCGGGGCUUCAACGUACGCAGGUAGCGCGUCUCCCGACUGUCUCUUUCCACCCAUCUUCUUCCUCUCCUUCCUACUCGCUGCCACGGGGAAGGAGAACGGCUAUGAGGCCGAUGACACGGAAUAGCUUUGCGCUCCCGACCAGAGCGGACAAGAUAUUCUCAGAGCUGCGUCCUGCGACUUGUCAUCACGCGUAGAUUCAGCCCAGCAAGGAUUUGAGAGAAAAUGGACUUAGCCACGCGAAAACGAAAUGCCAAUGUCACCACGCUACAUUCGAUUAGUGCUCUCUUACAUGACAUAAUCGAAAAAGAGACAAAUGUGACAGGAAAAAUAAUUAUAUUAUAUGUUUAUAUUUGUAUGAAUAUGCAUGCAGAUAUAAUCAUUUUUCUACGACGGAAUUGCGAUUUAGAUAAUGGAAUAAGACGGAGGCGUGGAUUUGUUACAAACGAAGAAAAUGAAUCGCAUCAGUUUGUAAACUUGUAUAGUAAGUGGAAGUAUUUAAUGGAUUGUGUAAUAAGUAUCUGGACCGUGUAAUAAAAGAACUCCCUGUAUAUAUACACACAUAUAUUAUAUACAUGUACAAUUAUAUUUGCGAUAUGUGAUUCGUUUUGUUAUUAAAUCAAAGAUACUUUUAACAGA